AUGAAUACCUUGAAAUCCAUGAUAUUUACUUCAUUUUCAUCCUCCUCUUUUUCCUCUUCCUCUGAUGAUGAAUAUAUCGUCACACUUGUAGGAGCUUAUAAGCAGAAUAAUACUAGUAUGUUUCAGAUUCUUAAGUCAAGUGAUAGGUCAAAGAAGAUAGGUGGUUCUGUUGUAGGUCAUAGAUAUAUACACAGAGAUAGAAGGCAGGGUCAUGACAGAUUGUUUGCAGAUUAUUUUGCUGCAAAUCUAGUGUAUUCACCCACAAUAUUUCGGAGACGUUUUCGAAUGCAUCGUCCUUUGUAUCUACGCAUUUUGAAUGCAAUUCAAACACACAAUUCAUAUUUUGUUCAAAAACAAGAUGCAGCUUAUGUACUUGGAUUAUCUCCCCUACAAAAAAUGACUGCAGCGAUAAGAAUAUUAUCAUAUGGUGUCGCAGCAGAUGCAGUUGAUGAUUACAUUCGUAUUGGGGAAAGCACUACAAUUCAAAGUUUGCAACAAUUUUGUAAUUCAGUGAUUGAAAUAUUUGGAGAAGAAUAUCUGAGAUCCCCGACGCCAACUGACAUUGCUAGAUUACUUGCUAUUGGGGAGGUUCGGGGGUUUCCUGGCAUGUUGGGAAGUUUAGAUUGCAUGCAUUGGGAGUGGAAAAAUUGUCCAAAGGCAUGGCAAGGUUAUUACCUUGCUGCUGGUAUAUACCCUCAAUGGGCAACAUUGGUUCAAACAAUUUCUUCUCCCCAAGGAGCAAAGAGACAACAUUUUGCAAUGAUGCAAGAGUCUGCCAGGAAAGAUGUAGAGCGGACAUUCGGAGUCCUUCAAUCUCGAUUCGCAAUUAUACAUGGUGCUGUACGUUAUUGGGAUUCGAAAAUGCUUGCCAACAUAAUGAAAAGUUGCAUCAUAUUACAUAAUAUGAUUGUCGAAGAUGAGAGGGAGGAGCACCUUGAUUUCAAUUAUGAUAUUGCAUCAACCAACACACCAGUGCAACUUUCCUCUACUCCUACCAAUGACUUCCAAUCAUUUCUGUCUCGUCAUUUAGGUAUUAGAGAUAAGGAUCCGUAUCAUGCCCUCCAUAAUGAUUUAGUAGAACAUAUGUGGUAUCUUCGUGGUGAACACUAA